UGAUCAAAAAGAAGCAGAAACUAAGCUGCUACUCAGUCAGCUCUCCCUUGUAGGCGUGUACAGCUGUAGGCGAACUUCAGACCAACCGAGCCGGACCGGUGCUUUGAGCUUCUCUCGCACACCGGGUGGGUAACGCUGUCCCCCCGUGGACACUGGCUGCAGCUACCGCGACACUAGAUUCACCGACGCGCUUUUAUUUUGAAGGGCCGCACACUCCGGCGGAAGUGCUGGUGCUGCUCGCUGCCUCCAGCUUGACCGCGCAGGGAGGACACGGCGGACUCCAUCGGGAGGAGGAGGAUCAUCGCCCGGCUGCUCCUCUGCGGAUCUCUCCCCCGUUAUACGUGCAGGACAGCGGCGUCACCUCCGGGAUGAGUCCGCACAGUGGAUUUACAUCGGCCUGGACUAUGAGCAGCAGGAGAAGAAGAAGAUAAGCAGCAGCAGAGAGGCAGAGAGGCUGGCUUCCUGCAGGAUUUUGCAAAGGCUUUUUGUUUUUUCUUUCUCUUCCCGUGGACAUGCCUGGUCUAUGGAGCAAAGCUGAGCGGAGCUAGCUGGCUGGAUGACUGUUUGGCUGAAGAGCUGAUUUGUUUGGGAGCAGCAGUACCUCCCCUCGCCCGGGGUAAGGAGCCAGCAUGGGGGAGCCCAGCCUGGACGACUCCAAUGUCAAGGUGGCUGUCCGUGUGCGGCCCAUGAACAGGAGAGAAAAGGAUCUAAACACUAAAUGUAUCGUGGAGAUGGAGAAGAACCAGACCAUCCUCCAUCCUGGUGGAGCUAACCACGGCAAAGGAGACUCCAGGAGUCAGCCCAAGGUCUUUGCCUACGAUUACUGUUUCUGGUCCAUGGAUGAGACCGAUAAGGAGAGAUUUGCUGGUCAGGAGGUGGUCUUCCAGUGCCUUGGGGAAAGUCUUCUCCACAACGCCUUCCAGGGCUACAAUGCCUGUAUCUUUGCCUAUGGACAAACUGGUUCGGGGAAGUCGUACACCAUGAUGGGUUCGGGGGACCAGCCGGGUCUGAUUCCGCGGCUGUGCAGCGCUUUGUUUGAUAGAACCCAGAUGGAACAGCGGGAGCAGGAGAGCUUCACCGUUGAGGUGUCCUACAUGGAGAUCUACAACGAGAAAGUCCGAGAUCUGCUCGACCCCAAAGGGGGAAGACAAACUCUGAGGGUGAGGGAACAUAAAGUUUUGGGUCCCUACGUGGACGGCCUGUCUCGACUUGCUGUGGCCUGCUACAAGGACAUAGAGUCUCUGAUGUCAGAGGGGAAUAAGUCUCGGACCGUCGCCGCCACCAACAUGAAUGAGGAGAGCAGUCGAUCGCACGCCGUCUUCAACAUCAUCCUCACACACACACUGAAAGACUUGAAGUCCGGGACGAGCGGGGAGAAGGUGAGCCGGUUGAGUCUGGUGGACUUGGCUGGAAGCGAGCGAGCAGCAAAGACUGGAGCAGCGGGGGAACGACUCAAGGAGGGAAGCAACAUCAACAAGUCUCUCACCACGCUGGGCCUUGUGAUCUCGGCGCUAGCUGAACAGGGAAACGCCAAGAACAAGAACAAGUUUGUUCCUUACAGAGACUCUGUUCUGACAUGGCUGCUGAAGGACUGUCUGGGUGGCAACAGUCGCACGGCAAUGGUUGCAACCAUAAGUCCAGCAGCAGACAACUAUGAGGAGACGCUGUCGACGCUGCGCUAUGCGGACCGAGCGAAGAGCAUUGUUAACCACGCGGUUGUCAACGAGGACCCCAACGCUCGCAUCAUCAGGGAACUCAGAGAGGAAGUAGAGAAACUGCGAGUGCAACUGACUCAGGCAGAGUCUUUGAAGGCUCCAGAGCUAAAAGACCGUCUGGAAGAGUCAGAGAAGUUGAUUCAAGAGAUGACCAUCACGUGGGAGGAGAAGCUUCGCAAAACUGAGGAGGUUGCACAGGAGCGCCAGAAGCAGUUGGAGAGUCUGGGUAUUUCUCUCCAGUCUUCAGGGAUCAAAGUUGGAGAUGAUAAGAGUUUUCUUGUGAACCUUAACGCCGAUCCUGCCCUCAACGAACUGCUGGUGUACUAUCUGAAGGAACACACUAAAGUGGGCUCGGCAGACUCUCAGGACAUACAGCUGUGUGGCAUGGGCAUCCAGGCCGAGCACUGUGUCAUCGACAUAAUGGCGGAUUCUGGAGUCAUCCUCAGUCCCUACCGCAACGCUCGGACAUGUGUUAAUGGUUCUCCAGUGACCAGUGCUCUGCAGCUUCACCAUGGCGACCGAAUCUUCUGGGGAAACAACCACUUCUUCAGGAUCAACCUGCCUAAACGGCGCUCCCGGGGAGCUGAUGACGAGGAGGGUGAGGGUGGCGUGAUGAAGAACAGCGGCAGCAGUGAGCAGCUGGAUGCGGACGGUGACACAGCCAGCGAAGUGUCCAGUGAAGUCAGCUUCUCCUACGAGUUCGCCCAGACAGAGGUCAUGAUGAAGGCCCUGGGCAAUAAUGACCCCAUGCAAGCAGUCCUGCAAUCUCUGGAGAGGCAGCAUGAGGAGGAGAAGCGCUCUGCUCUGGAGCGACAGAGACAAAUGUACGAGCAGGAACUCCAGCAGCUCCGCAAGAAGCUGAACCCGGAUCGCCUGUCGACCGGCCCCUCUGGAGGGCCAACGUCCGGCCAGCAGGGUCCAGGACAGCAGUCCCACUACCGCAGCCUGGAGAGGCUCAGCAUGGGAGGGAUGAGUCAUUCAACCAGCGCUCAGAGCAGACUGAGGCAGUGGAAUGAAGACAGGGAGGCGGUGUUGGUCAGGAGUCUGCGGCGGUUGAGGGAGCAGAUAGUGAGAGCAAACCUCCUGGUGCAAGAAGCCUGUUUCAUUUCUGAGGAGCUGGAGCGACACACAGAGUACAGAGUCACUCUGCAGAUCCCGUCAGACAAUCUCAACGCAAACCGCAAGAGGGAUGCAGUGCUCAGUGAACCAGCGAUUCAGGUUCGACGUCGGUGUCGGGGGAAGCAGAUCUGGAGUUUGGAGAAGAUGGAGAACCGUCUGGUUGACAUGAGGGAGCUCUACCAAGAGUGGCAGGACUACCAGAUCCAUCACCAUGACAACCCUGUGAUGCGCUCGUAUUUCCGUCGAGCAGACCCGUUCUUUGACGAACAGGAAAACCACAGCCUGAUCGGCGUUGCAAACGUCUUCCUUUCCUGUCUCUUCUAUGAUGUCAAGCUGCAGUACGCUGUUCCCAUCAUCAACCAGAAGGGGGAGGUGGCAGGGCGUCUUCAUGUGGAGGUGGUGAGGGUUGGAGGGGGAUUAGAGGACAACAUGGCCGGAGGAGAUGAACCCGACAACAACCAAGACACUGAAGUGCAGGAUCGCAAACUGGUCUGCAUGAUUAAGAUCCUGCAGGCCACUGGUCUUCCCCAGUACCUGUCCAACUUCGUCUUCUGUCAGUAUUCAUUCUGGGACCAGCCUGAGCCCAUCAUCGUGGCUCCUGAAGUAGACCCAGGGUCCUCGGAGCCCAGCACCAAGGACCCACACUGCAUGGUGGUGUUUGACAGCUGCAAGGAGGUGGCAGUGUCGGUGUCGGAGGAUUUCAUAGAAUACCUGACUGAAGGGGCAGUAGCCAUCGAGGUAUUUGGACACAGACAGGCUGAUGCAGGAAGAAACCCCGCCCUGUGGGACCUCAGCAUCAUCCAGGCCAAGACGCGCACACUACGAGACAGGUGGAGCGAGGUGACCCGUCGCCUGGAGCUGUGGCUUCAAAUCCUGGAGAUAAACGAGAACGGAGACUUUGUCCCAGUGGAAGUGGUUCCUGCUAGAGAUGUGCGGACCGGGGGAAUCUUCCAGCUUCGCCAGGGUCAGUCCAGGCGAAUCCAGGUGGACGUGCGUUCGGUUCAGGACUCGGGCACCAUGCCUCUGAUAGCAGAAAUACUGCUUGCAGUGUCAGUGGGUUGUGUGGAGAUCCAAAACACAGCAGCAGACCUGGAAGGAGAUGAGAUGGACAGUUAUCAGGAAAGAGACCUGGAACGUUUGCGGCGCCAGUGGUUAGCUGCUCUCACCAAGAGACAGGAAUACCUCGACCAGCACCUGCAGAGCCUGGUCAGCAAAGCAGAAAAGACAGAGGAUGACAUGGAGAGGGAGGCCCAGCUGCUGGAGUGGCGCUUGACUCUGACGGAGGAGAGAAACGCUGUCAUGGUGCCCUCUGCUGGCAGCGGCAUUCCUGGAGCACCUGCUGAAUGGGUUCCUCUGCCGGGCAUGGAGACUCAUACUCCUGUCCUCUUCCUGAACCUCAAACCUGAUGACCUCAGCUCUCAAGAGCAGUUUGAGGUUCCUGAGGCCGGAGGUUGGGACGCCACCCUGAUUGGAGAGGACGAGGACGACUUCUUUGACCUACAGAUCGUCAAACACUACGAUGGAGAGGUUAAAGCAGAGGCAUCAUGGGACUCUACCGUCCACGAGUGUCCCCAGCUCAGUCGUGGGGGGGCGUGGCUGGAGCAUCGGGUUUACCUGACGGUUCGAGUGGUGGUUCAGCUCAGCCACCCCGCCGACAUGCAGCUGGUCCUGAGGAAGAGGAUCUGCGUCAACGUUAACCCGGGACGCCAGGGUUUCGCACACAACUUUCUCAAAAGGAUGUCCACCCGCAGCACCAUACCUGGCUGUGGGGUCACCUUCGAGGUGGUCUCCAACAUCCCCGGGGACGCCCCGGGUUCAGAGGACAGGGAGAUGCUGGCCAACCUCGCCGCCAGCGCACACAACAGCCAGUCAGCUGAUGAGGAGGCCGCAAUUGAGAAAUACCUCCGCAGUGUCCUCAGUCUGGAGAACAUCCUGACUCUGGAUAGACUCAGACAGGAGGUGGCAGUGAAGGAGCAACUGACCAGCAGAGGGAAGAGCAACAGACGGAGCAUCAGUUCUCCUUCUGUCCACAGGCUGUCUGGAAGUAGACAAGACCUGUCCACAAGCUGCCUGGAGGACAAGGGGCGAUGGGAGAGUCAGCAGGAUAUCUUCAUGCCCUCUCAGUUCUACCGGACCCUCCCCCGGCCCGCCUCUUCCCCUUCCACCUACUCCACCUCUCCGAAUUCAUCCCCGACUCCCUUCGGCAUGUCGCCUCCUCAGAACCAGGAGCCAGAGCAAGGUCGUUCAGGACUUGCUGCCUCUUAUCUUUCAGUUAAGGCGCUGGUUCCUCAGAUGCCCAAACUGCUCAAGUCUCUGUUUCCAGCGCGCGACGAAAAGAAGGAGCUGAGACCGUCGCCGCAAAACCAGCAGCAUGUUCCUCGCAUCAUGACAUCAGGAGGGGACGACAAUCGAGUCAAAGCUGAGACGACUGCUGUUCUACGGCCCCCAGCCAAAGACAGACGGGCAGAGUUCCCAGAGGUCCCUCCUCUUCCUGUGCAUGACCCGCAUGACAUCACCCCCCUCAGCCCCCUCAGCCAGUCAUCAAGCGGCUACUUCUCCAGUAGUGUUUCUACGGUAACCCUGUCUGACGUCCUCCAACCCUCGUCCUCGUCUACCUCCCUCCUGGCUGCCGAGAGCGCGUUACCCACAAACCCCCAGCAGCAGGGUGCUGACAGGAACGAUGUUGUAACCUCUCCUUCUCAGUGUGGCACCAAGAUGGCCGCCGUCGCUCCACCCGCUUCACACAGCUCAGCCAAUCACAACAACGUCGCUGCAGAAAACUCCUUCUCUGAACACAAGCUGGUCAACUCAGGAGGAGGAGGAGGAGGAGAAGGAGGAGGGGGCUUUGAGAGGCUGGAGAUCUUAAUGGACGAUGACGAGCGCAGCCAUGACGACGUACUGCCUGAUUGGCUGACAGAAGGGGCGUAUGUUACAGUAGGAAGCAAUAAGGCCGGGACAGUGCGUUACGUGGGAAUGACGCAGUUCGCUGAUGGAGUGUGGGUGGGGGUGGAGCUGGACACCCCUAUAGGUAAAAAUGACGGUUCAGUCGGAGGUCAUCGGUAUUUCCACUGUAAACCGGGUUACGGGGUGCUGGUUCGCCCGGACCGGCUGUCCUGCCGCGAUCGGACCACGCGCACGGGAGACUUCCCUGCUCCCGCCCAUGUCCCCGUGUUGCGAGGAGAAGCCAUUGUUUCCCGCCGGGGGGAGAACCGCAAGUCCUGGAGCAGUUGAGACAGGGAAAGUAGGAGCUGGAUGGGAGAGAUGAACUCCCCACAGCCCUCCUCCUCCUCUUCCUCUCUUCCUCUCCUCCCAGCUAUGCAACAGGCUCAAACAUCAGAACUGACACACUGCCUCCCCUCCUCUUGUUUGAAACUACACCCACUACAUCCAUUCACAGGUAAUGGAUGGAAGUAGAAUAAACACAAUGAAGAGAGCAUUCAGAACGAAUGCAAGGAAGUUGAUGAAAGACUAUGCAGAGUAUAUACAAGUCCUGGGAAGGACUAUUUAUCAUGUGAGAAGAUAAUGCUAAGUGAAUGGCGGUCAAUGGGAAGACUGCUGAGAGUGAACGGAAGUCAGUGCAGACUCUGUCGUACCCGGACUGUCGGAGCUCUGCGGCUACAGCAAAACAUUAGCUGAUAUACAGGGAUGCAAACUGGUCACGAGUCACUUUUCUGAUCCCAGUUCACAUCUGAGAGAACAUUUAAAACUUUUAAAACACUUCAAGAAUGAAAAGGCUUCCUCUUUUCUACUUGGACGCUGGCUAUUAUUUUUAUUAUUAUUUGCCUUUUUUUAUUCACAAUUAGUUAUUAAUAAUAGUCAUAGCUUCUUUAAAUAAUUAAUAGAUUUUUUUGUGUUUCUUUUGCAUUUUUUUCCUCCUUUCAAGUCUAACUAUCAUGUGCUUUCGUGAAUGGGGAAACAAAAAUGGAUCAAAUUAAUUUGUUUGACUAUUUUAUUUAAAUUAGGGGUCAGAGAGUCAAACCAGUCAUACUGUGCUACAAUGUAUCAUACUGUGUGUUUGCAUCCCUGGAUAUGAUGUCUCUACCUGCUAGCCCUGAGACCGUAUGUCCCAGAAUCCUCUGCUCCGGCUGCCGCACCCCCGAACUCCUUUCGUCUCCAAACUGAACACUUUGACUCAUUGUCUGAGACUCGUCUCCUCCUCCUGGACUCCUUUUUCUUUUGAAGAUGGAUCCUCCCAGAAUGUGCCUUCACCACGGCUUGGUUUGCAGUUGUAUUUUUUCUCUUUUAUUUAAUUUUUGUCAGCUGUGUUUGUGUUUAAGAGAAUGCCUUGUGCUAAGUGUGAGGUGAUCUCAGGGACCGCAGAGGGGAAAGGACAAGGAAGUGUGUGUGUGGUUGUAAAUGUUGUACAGUGUUGCCCUGUGUGCACAAAUAAGUUCCUAUUGUUGUGGUCGUGUCGGUGUUGAAGACUAUGUGUGUUAAGCAGGAAAAGACGUGUCCUUAGUUGGACAAAGCCACUAUGGGAGCAAGUUGCUAGUAAUGGGAGGCUUUAAAAAGUCGAUUUUGCACUGGAGACGUUGGAUAAGAAGCAUCUGUAAGUGAGCAGAACGUGUCUGUGGUCGCAGUGCAGUGAGACAGGCAGACAGACGAGCGUUAACGGAUUCCUCGAACCAACUAGUAAAGUGAAAAUGGUUGUGGAUGACCUUAAUCUGGAGUAUAUUCUCUAUCUGGAUGUCUCUUCUUGAAUCCUCUGUGACUGUCGUUUGGACACCAGGGGGCGCUGCAGUACUCCGGUGUGGUCGGUGGGACUAGAUAGGCAUGUGUAUGUGUUGAGGGGAAGAAAGUGAUAUAGACACGCAGAAGCUCUUCUUGGGUAUUUGACGCAUUGGGAUGAGAAUCGAUUUGCUCCUCUGCAUUUCAUCUGUUUUUAAAAGACUCUUGUGUGUUUUUUUUCAUUUAUUUCUAAACGGGAGAAGAAUAACUGGGAGAACGAGUGUUUUAAACAGGAGCAGUCCUGACUGGACAUUCCUGCCACGUCUGUUGGGGGAAAAUGCUAAAUGAUGUGGCAGACUUUGGGAUUAUUUCAAAUUUAUUUUUCUUAUUGAACAUCACAUUCCAGAGAGACUCUUUACAUUUGACAGUGUCCUUAUUCUCUGUGUGUUCAUUUGUGGGAAAGCAUUAGCAGUACAUCACAGCACAUGAGUGUCAUAGUUUAUGUUUAGCAUCAAUUCAUGAAGAACGUGGACACAGACUACACAUGUGCGGCUAGUACUUUUCCAUAAAUUAAAGGGGCACUCCUCUAAUGUUACACAUGAACUACCAGCCUGUGAAAACAGUUAUAUAAUGUCUUCUCUUAUAAAGUCUGAGAAGGGUGGUGCCCCUUUUUCUAAACUAAUUUAAGGUCAGAGUAAAGGGUUUGGUUUGAGUCGUUCUGAGUCGGAGCGAUGCUGUCUCACCAAGUGAGAAAAAGGCAUGUUCUGAUUGGUCGAUAUGAUGAUGGAAAAGUAAUAUUUCAUCAUCAUCGUGAUCAGCAUCACUGCUUACUUUAGUACCAUGUCUUUAUUAACAACAGCUAUUCUAAGUUCAUAUCCUGAUGAUAAACCUGAAUAUGCUAUUAUAAUAUGCGGUUUCUAUGGUGACACCCAUGUAUACAAAGGAGUCGAUACAGAUUUCUGUUGCGAUGAUGCACACUUAUGAACAUAUAAUCUGGAUACUACGCGCAUGUUAACGCACUCAGUAUUUUCAAGCACCAUCAUGAUCUUUAAUGGAAACAUGUUUUAUCAUGCGUCUUCUUAAUUCGAGAGGCCUGAAUUAACUAUUUAUAUUUAAAUGCUUGUAUACAUGCAUUUAUCGCAUGAAAAUUGAUAAACGCCUUUUUCUUUUUGAUGAAUAUUGCACAAAUGAUUCCAUGAAAAUUGCUGCUAUUAGCAUUGUAAAUCUACCUGUAAAUGGAUCGGUCGAUUUAUCUAACACUCUGUAUCUAUUACUGUAUAAGAGAUUGGGAUUCCAGUAGUCUUGUUUUCUUUUCUUUUUUUAAUCCAAGAGGAGAAACUAAAGUCAGCGCUUUGGUUAAGCAGCCGAUAUAUAUUUUUUAAUAUGAAGCGGUUAAAAAAAAAAAAAAUCCUAAAAAUGAGGCACUUUGAUCGUGUGAGCCUUGAAGAUGAGCUGUGAGUAAACGGAUGGAAUAUUUUCUGGGUGACAAAUCACGCCUGCAUGGAGCUUUGAAGAGGAAGUGUAAUGUUGGGAGAGGAGACAAAAUAUAUAUAUAUAUAUAUCAGCAUAGUCUAGUUAUAAUCUGUGUAUUUAUUAUCUGGCCUUAAAGCCCGGGACCCUGGAGUCCUCUGGUUGGUUGGUCGGUCGGUCGGUCGGUUGGUUGGUUGGUUGGUUACUAUUUUGGUGGCUGUCUGGUAUGUUAUAAGUUGGCAAAUUGUGAAGUGGUUUGUAGGUUGGACUCGUGUUCAUUUUAUAAUAUCGUGGUUCAUAACAGUCAUGUGGUAAUAAUGAAGGAAGAGAGUACAGUUUUAGCGUGUGUAUUCUUCUGUGUGUCUGACUGCGUGUGAAUGUUGGGCGGACCUGGCUCUGAUUCAGUUAUGUCUGCGAGUUCUCGCCAAGACGAGAAAUGACCACCAGCUGCCACUUUCCUUAAUAACCUUAGGACUUCAGCUGCGGGGCAACCAAAUUCUCUCUUGAUGGAUUCUAAAUCCCCCCCGCCGCCCCCGGUCUCUGUGGCUGGUGGACUUUCCCGUCCUGGCCUUGGCCUCGCGGCAUUGUUCUAGGGGGGUUUUGAGAUCACUUCAGGCUUCUUGAUGUCCCUUGUACGUGUUUGUGCCUCAGAAACCAUGUGAACGUGUUUCUCCCACACACUGUUUUCAUAUCGACGACGCUUCAGUUCAUUUGCACAAAAACCCCCCCCACCCCUCCAAACCCCCACCCCAGAGGGAAUGGAAGAGUUCAUUUUGGGUACACUUGUAUAUGUAGAAGGAAAAUACAACCUGAUCUAAUGUCAUGAUGCAGAGUUCUCAAGUUCUUUUAAUUGUACAGAAAUUGUUCUAAGUUUUCUGCUUUCAAUUCAAUAUUCUUCAGCCAUAUUCAAUCACUCACUGCUCAACUACAUUAUAAUCACAAAUAAGACUAUUUAUUAAACGGAGAGCUAUUAUUUCACGUGACAGCAGAGCAAAAACACGUCUCUAUAGCUCACAGAUUUUUUUGCAGCGUCAUAUGUGCAUUACUUUAUCAGAUUAAGUGUGACGCUGGCAGAAAGAGAAAGUGCAGCUUGAGUGCAGCUUGAGUGCUGCCUGAUGCUCGGCAGCCAUUUAAAAAAUGAACUGUAAAGAGGAAAACUAGCGUUCGAGAUAACUGUUAUGCUCAGAAUGGAUUUGAUGUUGUAACUUGUAAUUCAGUGGCCUCCAUGUCUGCCACUGUAGAGAUUAGAGCAAAGCCAGAAGUGUUAUUUAUAUGACUGUAGGAACCACAUCCAGCUCAAUUUGGAUUGAUGCGAUUUGUGUCCAAGCAUAUUCAUAUUUAUCGGUUUGAAACAUAAGCCCCUCAGAAUGUUUUUUCUUUUUUAUCGUUUCUCUUUUUGUUGCUUUCUGUUCUUGUGUAAAAUGCUUCUGUUUCGCUCCCAUAUCUUCGUUGCAUUCACCUCCUGUUGCAUUUCCUGUCGCUCUGUUGGAUAAGCGGUCUGGAGCAACACGUCCCCCUCACUGUGGCCUUCAGCCUGGAGCCAGACUGCUUUUUAGCAGGAACAAUCCCAGCUCUCCAAAUAAACACAAAUCACUGCUGUACUAUAAACCUUAUUGUUUAACCGGAUCAUUCCAAAAUUAUAUGAAACUAUUCUGGGUUACGUUUUUUAAGUAACUUUAUCUUCAUUUGGUCACCACUGCUCUCCCGUUUUAAAGACAUCAAAGGGAUCUCAGAAUCAUUCUUUCACAGAUUUAAGCUCCUGUAUUACUGCCUUGCUGGAGGGGCCUGACUUCCACACAGGGAAUUUUAUAUACCACCAUAAAAUCAUCAAAAUCAGUGGAUUUACUACCAACCACUGCCCUACAGCAGUGCCGGCUUCGGACUGCCUUGGAUCAUCACCAGAUCUGAGGCGGUGUUCUGUUUUUAAAAACAUUUUACCUGCAGUAAAGUAGUUGGCUUGAUAUUUACAUUUUUUUCUGUAUUUGACAGGCACUACAACACAUUUUCCUGCCUUGGUAGUGAGUGUUUUUUUACUACCUCUUUCUCACCUCUCCAGAGUGUUCUGCCAACUUCUACCCUAAGGGCCUUUUUUUUUCUUUUUUUUUUUAGCUGACAAGAGUUGUAACCUGCUUCCCUACUGAACUGGCUGCCUCCACUCUGUGUGUUCUCACGUAUUAGAAUAAACCACACAAACGAGCAAUACGUGGCUGUCAGGCGACGCGGGUUAUUUUAGUUUUGUUUGAUUUUUGCAAUAACCGAUUAUUUCAACAGCCGGAAUUCCAGGAAAAAAAAUAAUUCCGAUACGACUUCUCGUCUUGGUGCAUUUUUUAAAGGCAGUUGGUAUCCGUGCAAUGUUGCAUUUCAAUUUCCUCGGUACCAGCAGCCAUAUUUAACUAAGCUGAGUAAUAAUGGGAGGCUAAUAGGAACUUAAGCAGAGGGCUUGGUGCUUGCUAAGUCAUGUUCCUCCUGCAGAGAAGACCCUCCAGAAACCGUUCCCACAUUCAACUGUUUGAAUAAUCCGUCGUGGGUUUAACGCGGCCUCGGCCUGGUCGACAGUGUUACUAUAUCAUCCUGACUAAUCAUUAUCAAUGAUCUGUUGCUACUGUUGAUUCUGUGGCGGCGGGUUUGCCUUGAUGUGUCAUUUGUAAGUGUGAGUGGUCGUUCUGUGUAUGUAUGUGUGUAUAUAUGCGCAUAUUAAGACUUAUAAAAAGACAAAUCUGAGCACAAGUUUGGGUUUUGAUUAAUUUAAUUGUUUUAUGUAAUUCUAUGCUGCAAUCCAAAGAAUAAACAUGUAUUAUAAUACAUUUAUAAUUUUUUUUUUUUUAUCAUCUGAACCGUAAUCUGGUAAGAAAAAAUAAAGAAAGGAAGA